UGCUGGACUUCUCUUGCUCUUGGCUGGUUCUCACUUCUUUCUCAGUAAGUAAACUAACCAAAAGAAAUAUGGCUUCAAUUGCCCUGAACCUGAAGACCUUCGUUGGACUCCGGCAAGCGUCGCCGGAGAACAACCCCAUAACCGCCCUCGCAAAACCCAGCUCCACCACCACUGCCGCCCGCAAACAGCUCCGCAUAAAUGCCGCCAAAACCAGCCCAAAAGUCACUGGCCGCAACCUCAGGGUCGCAGUGGUAGGUGGAGGCCCUGCUGGUGGCUCCGCCGCUGAGACUCUCGCAAAAGGUGGCAUCGAAACCUUCCUCAUCGAGCGCAAGCUCGACAACUGCAAGCCCUGCGGCGGCGCCAUCCCGCUGUGCAUGGUGGGCGAAUUCGACCUCCCGCUAGACAUCAUAGACCGCCGGGUCACCAAGAUGAAGAUGAUUUCCCCCUCCAACGUCGCCGUAGACAUCGGCCAAACCCUCAAGCCCCACGAGUACAUCGGAAUGGUCCGCCGUGAGGUCCUCGACGCCUUCCUCCGCGACCGCGCCGCCACCGCCGGAGCUACCCUGAUAAACGGACUAUUCCUGAAAAUGGAAAUGCCUAGCUCCAAAACAGCCCCUUACCGCCUCCACUACACCGAUUACAACGCGAAAACCGGCGUCUCCGGCGGGAAAAAGACUCUGGAAGUCGACGCCGUAAUCGGAGCCGACGGUGCCAACUCCCGGAUCGCAAAGUCCAUCAAUGCCGGAGACUACGAAUACGCCAUAGCCUUCCAAGAACGCGUAAAAAUCCCAGACGAAAAGAUGAAAUACUACGAGGAUCUCGCCGAAAUGUACGUCGGAGACGACGUCUCACCGGACUUUUACGGGUGGGUUUUCCCCAAAUGUGACCACGUGGCGGUCGGCACCGGCACUGUCAGCCACAAACCCGACAUCAAGAAAUUCCAGCUCGCCACAAGGCUAAGAGCCAGAGACAAGAUUGCAGGGGGGAAGAUCAUAAGAGUGGAGGCUCAUCCCAUCCCGGAGCAUCCCCGGCCGAGGAGACUGCUGGACAGAGCCGCAUUGGUGGGGGACGCGGCCGGAUACGUGACGAAAUGCUCCGGCGAGGGGAUUUAUUUCGCGGCGAAAAGCGGGAGAAUGUGUGCAGAGGCAAUAGUUGAGGGAUCAGAGAAUGGGAAGAGAAUGGUGGAAGAAGGGGAUUUGAGGAAGUAUUUGGAGAAGUGGGACAAGACAUAUUGGCCGACUUACAAGGUUCUUGAUGUUCUGCAGAAGCUGUUUUACAGGUCGAAUCCGGCAAGGGAAGCAUUUGUGGAGAUGUGUGCUGAUGAAUACGUGCAGAAGAUGACUUUUGAUAGCUAUCUGUACAAGAAGGUUGCUCCUGGGAAUCCCAUUGAGGAUUUGAAGUUGGCUGUGAAUACAAUUGGGAGUUUGGUGAGGGCUAAUGCUUUGAGGAGGGAGAUGGAUAAGCUCAGUGUAUGACGGAUUGAUUAAUUGUUAGUAUUUGAUACAUUUUGUGUAAUUUUUUUUUUUGAAUGUGGAUUGAGGAAUAGUACAGUGAUUCUAAUUUGUGCAUCCAUAGUUCAAUUUCAUAUAUGAUAAAUCUUUAUGAGGAAGGUUGUAUGUCAGCUUGUAAUACUGUAGUAGUAAUUUGUGCUUUUCUGAUCUCAAAGUGUACCAAGCUUGAAGGAUCUCAAAGUUGUGUCCAACAAUCACUUUGGCCUCUAUGGGAUAAAAGAUGUGGAUUCCUUUUUUCUUUUA